AUGGAUAGGGCCAAAGAAAGUAUUGAAAAGGCAUUCGAUUAUGAUGACAAGAAAUAUAUGAAUGUUUUCAAAAUCAUUGAUACAGGGUGGACGGAUCAACUUCAUCAACCUUUACAUGCAGCUGGAUAUAUUUUGAACCCGGGGCUCUAUUAUAAAAAUAAUGAGAUAAAGACUUUAACUGAAGAAGUGUGGUUGGGAUAUCAUACAUGUGUUGAGAGGAUGAUCUUAGAUAAAACUUUGCAAGACAAAAUAGGGGAUGAGCUUGGUGUGUACAUGAAAACUGAUGGGCUACUUGGAAUUGAGUCGGCCAUUAGAGCUAGAACCUUAAGAGUGCAAAGUUUAACUUGUAGCUCAUUCGGUUGUGAGAGAAAUUGGAGCGUGUAUGAACAUAUUCAUACUAAAAAGAGAAAUAGGCUUGAGUUAAAAUGCCUGAAUGAUCUAGUGUUCAUCAAAUAUAAUAGAACAUUGGUGCGUCGCUACAAUGCUCGCAAUACCAUUGAUCCAAUUUUGUUGGAUAAUAUUGAUGAUGCAAAUGAAUGGUUAACUGGAGCACCCCAAAAUCAUGAAGAUGAAGAAGUAUAUGAAGAAGAAGGUCUCACUUAUGGUGAAGUUGCUACGGCUAGUGGUGUGGAGGAGAAUAUUUAUGGUUUUAGGGGGAGUACUUUAAGGGGCAAGAAAAAAAGAGUAGCUACGGGUUCAAGUUCAUGUUCAAAAUCAAAUAGAAGUAGAACUCUUGUUGAUGAGUCCUCCGAUGAGGAAGAAGAUGAGGACCAAGUAGAAGUAGAACCCUUGUUGAUGGCACUUCAAGAGUUUGAGGGUCUUGUUGAAGAAUAGGAUUUUGCUCUCUUUGUGAUUUGGUUAUGCAUUUGCUUUAUAUGUUGUUACUUAUGAGGAUUAUUGACUAUCUAGUUACUUUUUAAUCUAAGUCUUUUGAGUUCUUGAU